AUGGAUGCUACCGAUUCUGUAACAACGAAGUCAGGUGUUUGCGGCGUGGAGGUGGACUCUGGCAUAGUGCCAAACUCUUCGAAACGGUCCUUGGGCUUUUCACUUGGCCGCAUCAUCCCGUCAUAUCCUGUGCGUGUGGCGAUGCACGUUUUAAGUUUAUUGGCGGUAUGUUUAGUGGCUGCGAACUCGCUCACCGGCACAGCAACGAUACGUGGGUCAUUCUGCAACAACACCGACAUUGCACUGCCUAAGAAGAAGGGCUCGAUCAACUUGGGGCAGCUCAUGACUCUCUCGUUCGUCGCUCCAUCCUUGAUCAUCAUCUUGGUUGAGCUGCUUAUCGCUGUGGUGAGGGUGACUGAGGAUAAGGAAGCGCGGAUGAAGAGCAACGUGACUAUGUUUGGCUGGACAGUGCCGCAGUACAUUGUGGAUAUGUACAAGUACUUGGGUGGGUUCGGCUUUACUAUGGCCACUGCAUGGUUGUUCGCGGAUUCUUUGAAGUGCUUCGUUGGUUCUCUGCGCCCUCACUUUUUCGAUGCUUGCAAACCUGAUUGGAGCAAGGUUAAUUGCAAGGGAGAGAACGGGGAGUACAUCUAUGUCGAGGACUUCCACUGCACGAAUGACCCUCACAGAGUCGAGGAUGCCCGCCGGUCUUUCCCCUCAGGUCACAGCACGUACACCAUGUGCGGCAUGCUUUUCGGGGUCCUCUACUUGCAGGCUCGUUUCCGCUGGCACCAGCGUCAAACUGCCCCUAAGCGCCGCAUGAGAAAGGACCAGGGUGCAUUUGGAGCCUUCGUCGAGCAACUUUUCUGGGUGGCACAGGCCCUUGUUCCGAUUCUUCAGGCAAUGAUGUUGCUGUUGGCCCUCUAUGUGCCAGCAACUCGUGUUCUGGAGCACUUCCACCACGUCCGCGAUGUCUGCACUGGGAUGCUGCUCGGUGGCUGCGUCGCCAUUUUCGGGGCCUUCUUCAUCAUCGAUUUGAGGGAUUGA